AUUCGUUUUCCAAAGAAAAGUUGACUCAAUCCUUCUUCCCUUCCGUGAUCGAACACAUUCAAGUAUUCAAUUCAGUUGGACGGAACCAGCGACGGUUGGAAGCAAUUCUUCGAUUUUCUAUAAAAAAAAUUUAAAUAAAAGAAAAUUAGUUUCCCUUUCUUGCCGGGUACUCUGUUUUCCAAUUUUCCUGGGAAGCGUCGAGAGAGACGACUACGACUUGCUCUAUUUCCUUGCCUAUGUCCUUUCCUUGAAUCCUCGGUCGUCCGCCCCCCAAUUUCGGAAUUUUCUCGCCGCCCGGUUGAAAUUGAGCAAAUUUGGAGAGUGCCCAUCAAUUUCUCGAUCCGGUUUUUUGGAGGAAAAAAUUCGAUCUUUCCCGGAAAAAACUCGAACCCAGAUGGCGAAAAUCGGGUUGCUUGAUCUGGAGAAGCACUUCGCCUUCUAUGGAGCUUACCACAGCAACCCCAUCAACAUACUCAUACACAUGCUGUUUGUGUGGCCGAUUGUCUUCACGGCCCUGCUCAUCCUCUACUUCACUCCUUCUCUCUUUGGGUUUCCUCCGGUCGAGUUCUCGCUCUUCGGGAGCCAUGUUGCUCUUCUCUUGAAUGUGGGGUUCUUGUUGACUGUGAUCUACGCCUUGUUCUAUAUCUGUCUGGAUUUCAAGGCUGGUUCUUUAGCCGCCCUGCUUUGUGUGGUUUGCUGGAUUGGUAGCAGCUUUGUGGCAAGUCGGCUCGGGUUUUCCCUUACCUGGAAGGUUGUUCUUGUUGCUCAGAUAUUGUGUUGGACUGGCCAGUUCAUCGGCCACGGUGUUUUUGAGAAACGAGCCCCUGCUCUUCUCGACAACCUUGCUCAAGCCUUCUUGAUGGCUCCCUUUUUCGUGCUUCUGGAGGCUCUCCAAAAGUUCUUUGGGUAUGAGCCGUACCCUGGGUUCCACGAGAUAGUGCAAGCAAAGAUCGAGUCGGAGAUCGGCGAGUGGCAAGACAAGAAGCAGAAACUGAUUCCUUGAGUUCGUUCCCGUGUUCCUCUACACAUUGGGAUAUAUCCAGCGAGUGAAUAUAUACGGAAAACAUCAAUCUUACAUGCAUAUAAUAUACGAAAAGGCUUUGAUACGAGGAUUGCAGAACCAGAUCAUACACUAUCCAUAUCUACGGGCUACUGAAAGGAAGAUAUUUACGAGUCUUUUGGGCUAUGUAAUGUAAUCAACUGUGGACCUAAGUUCCGAUAACUUAUGAAUGAACUAAGUACAUCUAAGCAUGCUACUUACCACAC